GUCUUAAAUCGCCACAUAGACGCCUUCGGCAUAGGAGGGAAAUUAGGCGACGUUGACGCGCAAGUACCAGUUAAUACGAAGCCCGACGCGACCCCCGUCAGCCUGCCCAACUACGCCGCUUCGCCAGCUAAGAGACAAAUCAUCGAGAAUCAGGUGAACGAGUGGCUGGCGCAUGAAGUCAUCGAGGAGUCCUCUAGCCCUUGGGGCUUCCCAGUAGUGGUCGUAUUUCGCAACGGAAAG